UUAUAUCUUGGCAACACUGACAUUUACUGAAGGAAUUUGAAGAAAUAGAAAGAAGUCGCUAAUUUAUGUUAGACGGCGUCUUUAUUUUGAGUUUCAUAUUGCUUAACUUCAGACAAAAGUUGCGAAACAAUACACAUUGCCCUUGAAUACAUUUACAAUUUAAUUUUGGCUAUAAAAACAUCCAAUAUGGGCGAUCAGCAGUUUUUCUUAAAAUGGAACGAUUUUCAAACGAAUAUGGUGACAUCGUUCAGGCAUUUGAGGGACGAGAAGAGUUUUACAGACGUAACACUGGCAUGUGAAGGACAGACAUGUAAGGCACACAAAAUGGUGCUCUCAGCGUGUAGUCCAUAUUUUAAAAGCUUAUUAGAGGAGAACCCUUCAAAGCACCCCAUAAUAAUCCUGAAGGAUGUCUCAUAUCUGCACCUGCAGGCGAUCCUCGAGUUCAUGUACGCGGGCGAAGUGAAUGUGUCUCAAGAGCAGCUACCGGCCUUCCUCAAGACAGCUGCAAGGCUUAAGGUGAAGGGGCUCGCCGAACCUCCACCACAAAUGCCGAGCAUCAAACGAGAAGGCUAACCCACCGUCAGUGAGCAAGUGCCCUAAAGACUCUAGUGAUGAUAGAAACACCAAUGUAACAUACCAAUAACAUUCAUCUCCCCCGCUUAUUUUAUGGACUGCAAAUUUUAUAAGGCUUUAGACAUGCAGCUAGUGUAUAAAAAUAUGACUGUAUGACCUGUUUUACUUUGACAUACCGAGAUAAAUAAAAUAAAAAAAAAAUAAGAAAUCACAUUUAACGGAAUUCCCUCUCGAACAUAGAGAAUGAUCUGAAUUCAUCAAUUAUCUGUCAGUAUUUAUGUCUAUUGAUGAGUAAUUGAUGAUAUAUGCGGAUGGCUACGCGGUAUCCGGUCAAAUUUUGUCACAGAUUAUACAAUUAUUACUAUAUAAAUUUUAUGACUUUAUAAGUUAGAUAUUUAAAAUCUAAUCGCCGUGGUAAAGUUGAGUGUGGAAUAAAUUACACUAGUCAUAUGAAUACAAUAAAAAAUAAGUUAAAUUCUUGAUACUGUGACUGGUAUAAACGGAGAUUUUUAUUUGUAUUGGUUGUUGUUCAUAUUAAAUCGCGUACAUUCAUAAAAUAGGCGACGGUUACCACUUUCCACCAGACCGGCCAUCAGCUUGUUUGCCAGUCUAUGUUGCAUAAAAAACAAGUCUAUUUUCGGCAAAAUAUUUAUUUACAUUAUUAAGAAUGAAAAAUAAAAAGCUGCUUGUCUAUUGCCAAAAAUCAUAAAUAGUUAUAUCUAUUCAUAUAUAUGUUAUAUUUCCCUUUAACGUUUAGAAGUAAACAUUUUGCAUUUUAAGUCAAUAUGAAUUGAAUCAGCUACGCUGCGUGAAAAUAUGUAUACAUAGUGUCAACAUCGAUAUAAGAAUAUUAAAUUAAAAAAAAAUCUUUAACAGCUGCCAAGAUCGAUCUUAAUUUAAAAAAAUAUAUUAUUACAUUUCUAUCGCAUAUCAAGUCCCUUACGGAAUAGGUCCCAUAGUUUAGAUACCCUCAAAGUGCGGUUAGAUCAUAGAUACUUGUUCAUUCUUCAUUCAUAGUUUCAAAGAUUUUCUAAUUAUCAAUUCAAUUUCAUUCAAGGCAACCAAAGUAGCCAUUAAAAUAUGAGAUCCCAAAAUAGAUUUAAGUGUUACUAUUGAACGCACAUUGGGGUUGAUUAGGAAAUAUUUCUCUCUAAAAUUCAUAGAUUUUUUAGAAAAUUACUUCGCAAUACAGAGGGACCAAUUCUAAAUUGUGUGUUUAUAAUUAGUGAAUUUUAGAGAUAAAUAUAGUAUGAAUUCAGAAUAUUCUCCGUUUAGUCAGCAAACAAAUUGUUGAAAUAGUUUUGGUUACUACUCACAUAAGAAAGAAGAAAUGAUAGGAUAUUGUCAUCUCAUUCUAUUGUAUGGACUUGCUAAAGAUAACGCUUCUAUCGAUAGAUUCGUUCGUUACUUGUCUGAAAAAAAAAGGGGGAGACAUUAUAAAUAAGUGGCAUAACCUUAUUAUAUCCUUAAUAAAAGAAAUUUAAGAAUACUGCUAGUUUUACAAUUAUCGCUUUGCAUAGGCAAAGUGUCGAGUAUUUAGUAAACAUAUGUUUAUUUUUUCAUUUCUUAAUAUUUUUGUCUCUUUCCGUAUUAGUACAUAUAGUAUUUAGUGAAUUUUAGAUAACUUUUUAGAUAUUUAAAAACAUGCUUAAUUUAUUAUUUAUAUUUACAUGUUCAUAGCAACCUAUGAUUUGCCGGAGAGAUCAAUUAUACACACAGAGCGAAACGCUAUCCACGAAAUGGCCGUACAAUGCUAUAAGGACCUAUUCCGACAAUGCGAUAGUAUCAUUUUCGAAGGUCAAUAAGUAGGCGCUAAUCUAUUGUUUUAUUCGUUAAUCAAAUUACAAACAAUAGAGUCCAAUCUGAAGCACCAUUGUCUCUCAAAUUAAAAUUCAAUUUUAAUAAAUCAAAUCUUUGAUAGUAUUGUGUAAGAACUAUUUUACAUUUACAGUAGAAUCUCGAUAAUCCGAAUCAAAUAAAAAUGGGUAUUCCGUAUAAUCGAAAUUCCCGAUAAUCGAUUUCAAAAUCAAACAAUAAUUAAAUUUUAAUAUGUAUUUUAUUAUUAAAUAAUUAUUAAGUGCGUUAUUUAGACAAUACGAUGUAAAAAUAAAUUACGAGCUUUAAAAAUAAUGGAUUAGAAAAUACCUAUUUACUCAAUUAAUACAUAAUAACAUUUCUAAAUCGGUAAUUAGAGCUGUGAUGAAUAAGUCCGAAUAAUCGAAUAUUCGGAUAAUCGACAUUCUAUUGUAGUUGUCAUACUACCAUACCAUAUUAGUAUUGCUAUACUAUCAAAUUAUGAUUGCAGUUUUAGAACCAAGUUUAGGGAAUGGUACUACAAAAUCAACACAGCUGUACAGAUUGUACAGUCUGUAGAUUUACAGAUAAAGAUCGAAUCGCAUCACAUGUUUGAUUUUUUCAUGUAUUAAAUACAUAAAUAAUAUUUGAUACACAGCAUUUUCGUUUAACACUGAUGUGAUAGCAAUGCGUCCCUGCCUUAUUUCACUCCAAACUCCAUAAGUUACCUAACAACCAAAGUAUAUUAAAAUUAGCUUAUAUCUUAGCUCGCUUAGGGAUGCCCCAACAUGCUACCACGUCAGUAGAUAUAGAUCUAUCCACCGAUAGUUGCCUUACGAUUAUUUACUCAUAAUGCGAUUGUAUAUCGAUUUUUGGUGUUGAUAUUGUAACAUUGAGAAUAAUAAAACCUAUUUAAAUCUAUUCAAAUGGCGACUGAUAACUUAAUGCAAUACAAUCGAUUUAAUAGACUAAUUUACCGUUUAAUCGAGUAACGUUUGUUCAGUCGAUAAUCGAUCGAUUUAUCAUAUACAAAACGUGCAGAUACGAUUGAAUGUUUUGAAGUAAUCGAUAUUAGCAAAUUAAAUGAAAAGAAAAUUGCUUUUUAUAUAGACUGAUUGUGGUUUUAUAAGUAUCAAAAAUUUCGUCUUUUUUUUUUAAUUUUUAAUACUUCAUUAUCCAUAUUAAUGUAAACAUUAGUUUUCACGUAAAUUUUGUACCAUGAAUUCAAAUUGAAAAUGGCUAAUGUAUUUCUUUUUUAAUAUAAUUUUGUAAUCGAAUUAGGCGACACAUAUUGACGAAUAUAUACUGCAAUUUGACUAUGUUAAUUUAAUUAACGUAAAAGAGUAAUAACUAAAUUAUUCUACAUUUACACUAAAUACACUAAAUUAUCCUAUAAUUUUCCAUUUUAAAAACAAAAUGUUGAAUUUCGAAUAGUAGAAUAGCUAGUGGGAGCUACUCUAUGUAACUCACAUUACAACUGCGUGGUCUUUUAUGUUUGUAUAAAAAUACUAGCUAUUGCCCGCGGCUGUACACGCAUUAUGUCAUGUUUCAUUUUAACUAGAAAUAUAAUAUUCAAAAAUCUUUUCUUAAUGCUUACGUUAUAAACUAAACAUAUGUUUCAAAAUUUCAGUUUUCUAGACUUAGUAGCUUUGGUUGUGCGUUGAUAGUCAGGAGAAACAGUUUUAUGAGUAUAAAUGAUUUUCCAAAACCGUCCGCCAGAGGCGCAGUUUAAUUUUCAAUAAAAAUUAUCGACGUAAACUAACACAGUUGUAACAUAAAUAUACGUUAAACUCACGCUAGCCACUCAACAGAUUCUGGCGCGCCAUUUCUUUAAUCUCUUAAUUUGAUAAUUUUGCGUUAUAACUGAUCCCCCUAUCCAUGAAAACUUACACUUCCUAUAAAUCUAUUUUAACUAUUGAAGUGUUGUGUCACUUUUAAAUUGAGAAUUUUGCUCAAAAGAAAAGGACAUGUUUUGUCCUUUUCUUCAAUAGCUAAAAUACGAAUAAAUUUUACGAGAAGUUUGACGUUUUCGAUGAAUAAGGCGGGUAAAUUUAUAAUAAUUUUGCCUUAAAUGUAUUACUAGAAAUUAAUUAAUAUUGGACCUUAAAGAUUUCGCUUUGUUAUCAAAUUCUAAUUUAAAAAAAUAGGUUUAAAGAAAAGGCUCUUCAGAAUUUGUUUACAAUUUGUUCACAGUAUAUGUCAAACUGUAUGUUUACUUAUUGUAAACCUUUAGACGUAUAUUACAAGUGAAAUAUGCGAUACAUGUAUUAUUUAUAUAACCAUAUUUAACUAUCUUUUUAUAAAAAUGCAAUGAAUGUUGCCACUGCAUUUUAAUAUUUAUAUGUAUUGUUAUUUCUAAUUUCUAAAACUAAAAAUUCGAUUUGAUUUUCCUGUAAUAUGAUUCUUCUCAUAUAUAUUCCAGUGUAUUUUAUGUUUUUAAAAUAGAUAAUCUUCCUUUCCUUACCAUCUUUUUGCCCGAAUUUUGAUGCCUGUAUAUCUUGCUCUUAUAUAUAUAUUUUUUAAUUUCAUUUUUGGCACUUUUUUAUGAAACAUUAAUAUAAGUUUUAUUCGAAAUUAUUAAUUUUUAUUGAUGUGCAUGAGGGUGUAGUGCAAAUGUGCAGUGCUUCACCACGUAUGUAUGUUUUUACAUAUCUUUUCUCACACUAAAAAGAUAAUAUUGUGGUUGCUAUGUAAUGUACAAUUUAGUAUACAAGUGCAAUUCCUUUCGAUUUUAAAACAAAAUCAACUGUAAACUCCUGCGUGUCGAUCUCAAAUCAUAUCUAGCGUCAUAUCUACUCCAGUUUCAUUUAAAACUAUAUUUAAGUUUGACUUGUACUUUUUAGUUCAGCACAUUUUUUUUUUCUUUUGUUUUGUCGUGUCUCUAAUAUGCUUCAUUCAGUCAUGGGCCCAGUAAACUGUUUGAUCGAACACAUUUAUGUAAUUGUAUAAACCUUGAAUAGUCUCAAGCUAUUUCACUGUAUUUAUGUUUUAAAAGGUUUUAGUGUGUUAAUAAAUUUGUCGUAUUCCAGCUUGGACAUAGAGUGCAAACAGCUUACAAUAUAUAAAAAUAUUGCCAGGUAGAACUGGGCAAGUGACAUGUAUAUAAUGCAGAUUCUAAGCAUUUUUUGUCAGAAUUGAACCUUUGUUAAGUCCUCCCCUCCCAUCUGUAUUGUUAGAAAUAUUGUAAAAAUGUAAAUCGAAUAUUUUUAGACGACAGAGUAAAGGUAUGUGCUGAAUAAUCAAGCAACACUUAGUUUGUAAUGAUUGAAAUUAUGAAGAUUUGUAAUUUUAGAUAAUACAGAAAGGUAACUAAAGUAA